UCCGUGGCACCGGUGCGGUCAGGUUGGUUGCAGUUCUGUGUGCAGUGUUUUUGGUGAAAGCAAAACUUGAUCUUGGGCGCAGAAAUGUCCCGGAACAUCGCGUUGUGUUUUCUAGUGACGGUUGCUUGCGGCGCCAGCGCCUACGGCCGAAAGCUGGAGUGCAGCGAACAUCGCGAGAUGGAGUGCGAAAUCUCCAACUUUACCAUCGUCGAGUCGAUGGACCUGUCCGAGUACGAGUUCCCGGACCAUCCGCACCUGGCGUUCGGUACCUACCCGCACUCGGACGACUCGACGUACGUCGUCACCAUCGGUAAGGAGCUGGCCGACCGGCUCCAGUCGACCGAGAAGCUCGAGAUCCAGAACGUCUCCCUGCAGACGAUGGUGCUCUGGCCGAACCUGCGCUCGCUCGAUGCGUCCCACAACUACUUCUUCGAGCUGAUCGUCGAGCCGGGGCAGAACUAUCAGCUGCGCGAGCUCAACCUCAGCUACAAUCGCUUCCAGUCGAUCGAGUUCGUGCAGGCGCUGCCCGCCCUGCGCACGCUCGAUCUGCGCCACAACUAUCUGGAAUCGCUCAGCUUCUCGCUGUUCGAUAUGGCGACCGAGCUGUGGAAGCUGAACCUGGCCAACAACCGACUCCAGACGAUCUCGACCGACGGGUCGCUGCAUCUGCCGCGCCUGUCGACCCUGCUGCUGCACGACAACCUGCUGAGCGUGCUGGACGCGAGCGAGUGGCGGUUCAGCAUGCUGCAGGAGCUGAACGUCGCCCGCAAUCGCCUGCGCUAUCUGAGCAUGUGCGAGGUGAACCAUUCCUUCCCGCACCUGCAGACGCUCUACCUGGACGAGAAUCGGUGGGAGUGUGGCCAUCUGAACGCCACCAUCCGCCAGCUCCAUCAGCUCGGCGUCAAGGCGAUGGCGUACUACGACACGGAGGACCAGGAGCACUGCAACACGGCGAUCGACGAAAUCUGCUGCUACUAGACGGGUUAGUGUGCGGUUCAAUAGAGGCGCCCUCUUUUUCUUGGUCGAUUGCACACACAAACACGCUUUUUGUAUCGCUUCACCUUCUGUCACUGUCGCUGCUGCAUUAAUAAAUUGAUCAACGGGCUUGACGGACCGUCGGGUCCAAUCGA